AUGGAGUCUUUCCUGCUCUCUGAAAAAGAUUUAGGGGUGUCACUAAUCAGGCUCAGUGGAAACGGAACCCUUAAACAAGGAGACUCGUUAAAUCUGACGUGUGAUGUGAACUGCACACACAGUUCCUCACAGUUUGUGUGGUCUAAGAACAACGAGCAGUUAAACACAUCAGGACCCGUUCUUCACUUUCCUGCUCUAACCGUGAGGGAUUCUGGGAAUUACACCUGCACUUGGAAAACCAAGGAGACGUCAGGAUCUAAAACCAUCAGCCUUCAGGUCGAGGGUGAUAAUCCUGAUCGAUUGCCAGUCUUGAUCAUUGCAGUGACAGUUGGAGUGAUCUUCAUCAUCUUAGUCAUGUUAGGAGCUGGAAUUUACAACAGAAGGAAGAAGGAUGGCGCUCUAUAUGACACUAUUGUAAAAGCCGGAGAGCAAACAAAGGUCUGGUGUAGUAUGUGGGUAAAGCAGGCUCCUCAUCCCAAAGAAGUGUCACAGCAGGAGGAAGUGGAAUAUGCAUCUGUGUGUAUCAAAGAUAAUAAUCUGAACAAUGGGAAGAAGGAUGACGUUCCAUAUGACAACAUUGUAAAAGUUAGAGAGCAAACAAAGCUUCAUGAACCUGAACUCAUCAGACAUUCGAUGCAACAGCAGGCAGAAGCGGCAUAUGCAUCUGUGUUCAAAGUUAAGAAGAAGGAUGACGCUCCAGACGACAACAUUGUGAAAGCUGGAGAACAAACAGAGGUAAAGCAGGCUCCUCAUCCCAAAGAAGUGUCACAGCAGGAGGAAGUGGAAUAUGCAUCUGUGUGUAUGGAAGAUAACAAUCUUAACAAGGGGAAAAAGGAUGAUGCUCCAUAUGACACCAUUGUAAAAGCUGCAGAGCAAACAAAGGUAAAGGAGGAAGUGGCAUAUGCGUCUGUGUUUAAAGUUAUUAAGAAGAAGGAUGACGCUCCAGAGGACAACAUUGUAAAAGCUGGAGAGCAAACAGAGGUAAAGCAGGCUCCUCAGCCCAAAGAAGUGUCACAGCAGGAGGAAGUGGAAUAUGCAUCUGUGUGUAUCAAAGAUAACAAUCUGAACAAUGGGAAAAAGGAUGAUGCUCCAUAUGACACUAUUGUAAAAGCUGCAGAGCAAACAAAGGUAAAGCAGGCUCCUCAGCCCAAAGAAGUGUCACAGCAUGAGGAAGUGGCAUAUGUGUCUUUGUUUGAGGUUAUUAAGAAGAAGGAUGACGCUCCAGAGGACAACAUUGUAAAAGCUGGAGAGCAAACAGAGGUAAAGCAGGCUCCUCAGCCCAAAGAAGUGUCACAGCAUGAGGAAGUGGCAUAUGCGUCUUUGUUUGAGGUUAUUAAGAAGAAGGAUGACGCUCCAGAGGACAACAUUGUAAAAGCUGGAGAGCAAACAGAGGUAAAGCAGGCUCCUCAGCCCAAAGAAGUGUCACAGCAUGAGGAAGUGGCAUAUGUGUCUUUGUUAGAGGUUAUUAAGAAGAAGGAUGACGCUCCGGAGGACAACAUUGUAAAAGCUGGAGAGCAAACAGAGGUAAAGCAGGCUCCUCAUCCCAAAGAAGUGUCACAGCAGGAGGAAGUGGAAUAUGCAUCUGUGUGUAUCAAAGAUAAUAAUCUGAACAAUGGGCAUGACCACACUGAGCAGGAGAAUGUGGACAAAUCUGUGAUCUACAGCACUGUGGUCAAUCAAUAAAGUGAUUACACCUCUCCAGUAAUAUCUUCAUGGGCUGCUGGAAAGAGACAGAAAGGCGACCAGGGUUUGCUACUGGAACCUGGAUGAUGUGAUGUGAUCCUGACACACGUCUUGUGAUAAAUAAUUUGUAAAUGCUCUGCUGUGGCUUUUUUGUCUUAGAACUUUCUACACUUACCUGAUACUGAUAU